AUGGUCGCUAUUAUGGUCGCCAUUAUGGUCGCUAUAGGCGAUAUGGGCACUACAGUUACAACAAGUAACCUGAUCAAAAACUUGAUGAUCAAAAGCAUUCAAGAAAGAGCUCGAAUUACUAAAGCUGUCACUUGGAAACCUCUUCCUAAAGAUUGCGAUAACUCUACAAGAAAUGUAGCUAAAGCAAUGGGAAAACUAUGGGAAGACUCUUAG